AUGUCUCUGAAUAACUCCGGCAGAGACAUUCGGUUAAUCAGUCUACUCAUGCUGAUAGUCCUCAUCGGCGAGCUUUCAAGCUCGGAAGCAUUGUCGGAAUAUUUUCAUUGGGAAGAUCGCUUGCCCGGGCUCAACGAUAUGUUCCCUCAAGCUGGUUCACCGGCGGCCGCAGCGGCUGACCAAGCGGAUCACCAUCAACCACUCUUAGCCGAUCAUGUACAGCCUACCGGCCUCCCAGCCGGGUCAUCAGCUAGCCACAACUACCCCCUACCCGACAAUUAUCUUGUCCAGAGUGCUGCUCAAGCACAUCCUAGUCAUGGGCUGCACAUGUCAUUUGGCUCCGACGAACAAUAUGGACCCGGGUUCUGGAAUCCACACGACGCCGCUUGCCUUCUACAGCUUCUCCAAGACGGAAUACCAGGCACCGAUGGCCUCGCGGCGGCAGGUGCUCCACCGACAGAUUAUGGUGUGCCGCAUGUGUUGAAUCGUCAAAGUCAUUCAAUGACAGGCGCUGAUCCCUCACACGCGCCCGCCGUCUCGGGGUAUACCUUCCCGCCUCCGUCCGACACAACCUCUGGACCCUAUCAAAGAGUCCAGCCUGUGGUGGAAAGCCUCAAACCACAGACUAGUCGUGGGACCUACAAGAUUAAGCAACAGCGGCGCAAAGGCCAAGGCAAAUCGCACCUCCCGGUUCAAUCUCUGGUGGAAAGCCUCAGACCUCAGACUAGUCGUGGGAGCUACAAGAGUAAGCAACAGCGGCACAAAGGCCGAGGCAAAUUGCACGUCCCACUUCCUUCCCAAGCGGACUUUGUUGUUCAACUCUCUCCAAUGACACUUCCACAGGGAAGACUAGAGUUUCAUUCAAAUUGCUUUGCACCUAAUCAUCCAUUGACACCCUUGCAACAGUGGGAAAUACAUGCAAUCCGGAAAAACCUCGAGAAGUUCCCGCACCUACUCGUCAUCCCCGAAGGCAAAUUCAUGGCGACAUAUCACAAAUAUAUCGAACUUACCAAAUCACCCGCUGGCAACGAAGAUGGAGACCCUAGAAGGCGCAGAUUAGCAAAAAAACUAUAUGAAUUUGUGCCACACUGUAAACAUUGGUAUCAACAUUGGUUCGAUGAAACUGGGAUCAACUUCGAAACAAAUCUCCUUCAACCCUACUUUCUUGGUCUCAAUCGCGCUGGGCUCAUCUUCCCCCUCUAUCUAUUUCAUGUUGAGAUGAUAUGCUCCAUUGUUCCAAGAGGGCAUGUCAACUCAAAGGUUACCCCUAUGGCCACUGAACUUGACUGGGCCCAAAGAUCCUUCAACUUCUUGACAAUGGCCUUACAUCACCAGAACAUGAACAACAAUCCACAUUUCAUCAAAGAUACCAUUGAAAAUCUCAGGAGACAGUUGCCUGCUUAUGGAAUUGUUGCUAUUCAUCCACUCCUCUGGACUUAUUUGGAGUUUUGGAUGGCCACUUGUAGGAGUGGAGUUUUCCAAGACCCAAGCUCGCAUAUUGUCCCAACAUUGGUCAAGGAAUUAUUUAAUAAUGUCUUCACUUAUUCCUACUCAGCACAAUAUCAAAAAUACAUUUCUAGGUCAACAUCAUUCUGA